UUUUAAUGGCUUCUUUUUUUUUUAUUUAACACAGCCAAAUAUUGACUCUUAAAUCAGGGAAAUCAUGCCCCUGCACCUUCUUCCACAUGGAGUCAUUUCAUAUCAACUUCUUGGCCUUCCUGCACCUUCUACUUCUCUCACUUUCUCUUUUUUCUGGGCAUUUUUUGAUUAACUGCAGUGCUCUUGGCCAAUGUGUUGAGGCUGAGAGCACAUCGCUUCUCCAGCUCAAGCAAGGCUUCUCAUACUUUCUAUUCAAUACAUGGAUUCCAGGAACAAAUUGUUGCAACUGGGAGGGCGUGACAUGCGAUGAAUGGAGUCGGGUCAUAAGCCUCGACCUAAGUAAUCAGGGACUCGAUGGUACGAUUAAUCCCAGCCUUUUCAAUCUCACAUCUUUACGCACUCUCAAUUUUGCCACCAACUCGUUCUUUGGAAAUUCCAUUCCGGAUUCUGGGUGGGAUCGACUUGGAAAUCUUUCGAGCCUUGAUCUUUCCUAUUGUGGAUUUGUUGGGAAGGUUCCCGUUGGUAUUGCUCACUUGAAAAAGUUGACUGUCAUCAACCUUUCCUCAAAUUACAUUCCCUUAAAUAAUAGUCUUUCUUUCACAAUUAAACCAACACUUUUACAAAACAUGAGGAGCUUGAAGGAACUUUAUCUAGACAAUGUUGAUCUCUCAACAUAUUGGAGUGAAUGGAGUGGUGCUUUUGUAAAUUCCACCAUGAUACUUGAGGUGCUGAGCAUGAGGGGUAGUUCCCUCUUCGGGGGUUUUCCCAAACCAAUCUUUCAGCUGAGAAAUUUGAAACAACUCGAUAUCUCAGAAAAUCCGAUGUUGUAUGGUUCUCUUCCAGAUUUUUCAGUUGACAAUAAUUUAAUAAGGUUGGUGCUUUAUCAUACCAAUUUCUCUGGAAAUUUACCUAAUACAAUAGGCAACCUCAAGUUUUUAAAAGAUUUAGAUCUCUCAAGCUGUCAAUUUUCUGGUAUAAUACCAUCUUCGAUAGGAAAUCUAUCACAGCUAGAGACCUUGAAUCUAUCUAAUAACAGUAAAUUACAAGGGCCAAUUCCAAGGUCCCUAUUUCAAUUAUCAAAGCUCUCCAACCUUUACCUUGCUUCGAACAAUUUCAGUGAAGUCAUGGUGGAGUUGGAGCAAAUCAAAGGUCUUGUGAGUCUUAAAAAAUUAGACCUUUCAAAUAGUGGAUUUUCCUUAGGUUCGUGGGAAGCAGAUCAUGGAUCUUCCCUAUCUUCUUAUCCCAAUAUAUCAUUAUUAGCACUGGCUAGUUGCAAUCUAACAAAGAUCCCUACAUUCAUAAAAUACCAACCUCAAAUUAGCUUCUUGGACCUCUCAAACAAUAAAAUUUAUGGUGAAAUACCGAGCUUGAUAUGGAACAUUGUGCAACUUAACCUAUCUUGCAACAUGUUUACACAUGUUACAAUGCAUCAUAUUAAUUUGUCUGACUUCCAUCCAAUUCGAGUUAUUGAUUUGCAUUCCAACAUUAUUGAAGGCUCAAUUCCUCCUCUCCCAUUUAUUGAACCCGUAUUUAUGGAUUUCUCAAAUAAUCGUCUAACAUCGUUUAUCUCUUUCAACACCACUCCAAACCUAAAUUACUUAAAAUUUCUUUCUCUUGCAAACAAUAACCUGACUGGAGAAAUCCCACAAUUCAUCUGCAACAUGACACAACUACAAAUGCUUGAUUUAUCAAAUAACAGUUUAAUAGGUUCUAUUCUACCAUGUUUAUUGAGGGAUGGAAUUGAUCUACAAGUGCUAAAUCUAAGAGGAAACUUGCUUCAUGGAACCAUCCCUGAUGAGUUUAGUCCAAAAUGUGAGCUGCAAAUUUUAAAUUUUAGAGACAACCAAUUAGAGGGGUUGCUUCCGAGAUCUCUGUCCAAUUGCCAAUCACUUGAGUUGAUGGAUCUGGGGAAUAAUAACUUGAAGGAUACAUUUCCUUAUUGGUUGGGAAAUAUGUCAUCGAUGAGAGUCCUUGUUCUAAGAUAUAAUAAAUUCUAUGGGCUAGUUGGGCCUCUUGAUGAAAAUUAUGAAACAAAUUAUACUUUUUCUACGCUACAUAUAUUGGACAUCUCAUCCAAUAACUUUAGCGGUAAUUUAUGUGCUGAGUGCUUCAGUAAUUUUAGGUCAAUGAUGACAAACAGAGCAGACACACAAAAUGAUGUUACAUUUAUAAUACUUCACCCAAUCAGUUACAUGGUUUUGCUAACCAUUAUGAAUAAGGGACAACAAAUGAUAAUACAGAAGAUAUGGACGAUUGUCAAGUCAAUUGACUUUUCCAAUAAUUUUUUUGAAGGAGAGAUUCCUCCAACCAUUGGCCAACUUACUUCUCUUCAAGUGCUCAACAUGUCACAUAACUAUUUGACAGGAAUUGGUAUCUUUGCAUUUCUUGGAUUAUUUAAACCUCUCAUACAACAAGUUAAUAGGAAAAAUUCCAGUUGGAGGUCAAUUCUCCACUUUCCCCAACACGUCUUUUGAAGGAAAUGAGGGAUUAUGUUGGUUUCCUUGCAACACAAUAUUUACAACUGAAAACAAGACUAUAGCAUCAACAAGUACUCAAGCAUCAAAGAAUAAAAGUUAUAUGAUUGUGCUGGGAAUAUUAUUCGGUGUGGGAUU